GGCCGGCUUAGCUCGAUCUAUCUUGCUGUGAGCUAUGACUAACACGCCGGAAGUAGUUCUGGCGUCGGGAGGGGCGCCGCCGCGGCACGACGGGCGAGCCGCAGGGCCCGUCGCGUUCAAGGACGCCGUCGCUGCCACCGGCGACGUCGACGCCGCCCCUCUGGAGCAGUACGACGCCGUCGUCUCCGCCAUGCCGGCGCGCGUCUUCCACAGCUUGAAGAUGCGGCAGAACCAGGGGUACUGGGUGCUCGACGCCUGGGCGCGUGGCGCCGUCGCCAUGCAGCGCGGCGGAUUCGUGCCCCGGGCCGCCGGCGACGUUCUCCUCGCCAGCCUGCCCAAGUCCGGCACCACGUGGCUCAAGGCCCUGGCGUUCGCCACCAUGGCGCGCCGCGCCUCCCCGCCGGCGAGCCCCGACCACCCGCUCCGCCGCCUCAACCCGCACGACUGCGUGCCUCUCCUUGACAGGCUCUUCGCCCUCGGCCGUGGCGCCGUCGUCGACGAGCUGCCGUCCCCUAGGCUUAUGUGCACGCACAUGGCGCUCUCGCUGCUGCCGCCGACGGUGGCGGACGGCACCUCCGGCUGCAAAAUCAUCUACAUUUGCAGGGAUCAAAAGGAUGCACUGGUCUCCAUGUGGCAUUUUCUGAAGCGCAACGGGCUACAAGAUCUAUCACUCCAAGAGACGUACGACUCGUUCUGCGACGGCACCUGCUUCGGGGGACCCGUGUGGGAUCACAUGCUCGAGUACUGGAAGGCGAGCAACGAGGACCCAGCUAGGGUUCUCUUCCUGCGAUACGAGCAGGUGCUCCAGGACCCGGCCGGCACGGUUAGGGAGCUGGCGCGGUUCGUCGGGCAGCCGUUCACCGGCGCCGAGGAAGACGCCGGCGCCGUCGCCGACAUCGUCGAGCUCUGCAGCCUGGAGAGCCUGAGGAGCCAGCGGGCCAACCGGGAGGGCGCCCAGGGCGUGUUCGUCAAGUUCUCGCACGAGUCGUAUUUCAGGAAGGGGGUGGCGGGGGACUGGAUGAGCCAUAUGAGUCCUGAGAUGGGAGAACGCCUGGAUGCUAUUCUCCGGGACAGGCUUGAUGGUUCAGGUCUCGUUCUCUGAUGCACGUACACACUUAUUUAGUCGUGCGUCCAAAUUUGAUCCUUUAAUUUGUGCUCGUUAUUUUGUGUCUCGUUGUGUGUCAAAAUAAGUGCUUUGUUUGGUUGAACGAAUUUAUAAACAAAAAUACUAUAUGUCAUACCAAAACA